AUGAGGGAGGAGGUGCUUAAGCUUCUUUCUGGCUACGAAGUGGUCGACAUCGACGUCCACACCGAGCUAUUCAUGCGAAUGAACAAGGCGCAAAUCAUCAACAACGUCAGGACGAAAUACACCGAUAGGAAGAGUGGCGAGUUCCACGAGUUGGACUACGACUCGUUCAGCACGGUCUACGAGAACAAGAAGACGAAGUGGCUGGUGAACAGGAUCAAGGACUUGGAGUGUAGGGCAUUUCUGAAGUUUGCACCAGUGGCAAUGGAUACGACUGAAAGCAGAACAGGGGUGAUUCAGAAGGUGACUGAAAACAGGAAUGUGACGAAGAUGACUGAGAUGGAGAUGAGUCUCUUUGUGAAUGCGAGUGAAUCAAACAUGAUUAGGGCAUUCUCAGAUGAUGGGCUGAUUGGAAUGUGGAGCAUGGGUGGAAACAGUGGGAAUGGGCUGAUUGAAAUUGGAAAUGGGAAAUUGGAGGAUAUUUCAGUAGGGGGGAAUCAGGUGAAAAUGAAAUUCAGGCUCAGUGACUGGAAGGAGCAUUCUGACGUGGUGGCUGAGUUCAGGCGGGCAGGGGAGAGCACGAAGGUGGAGCUGAGUUUCAGUCGAGUUCCAAUCAGCGAGGAGGAAGGCGUAAGGUGCUUCUGGAAAGAGAGGGUCAUAGGAAUGAUAUGCAGAAUAUUCAACUGUGUAAUCAGGGUAUGA